UUCGGUUUUUGUCAGUACUAUCUUAGCUUGUCGUCGUGUGUGGUUGUGUGUGUUGUUUCUUGCGCGAUGUGAGUGAUUUUUCGAUUUUAGUGAGUGAAAUUCAAACUUUUUAAAAUUGUUCAAGUGUUUUUCAAUGUAAAUGGAAAUACUAGCACCAGUGGGGAUGACAGUGGUGAUGGCUGGUGUAACAAUUGGCGAGAUCUGCGACAACACAAAGCUGGCAAGGGAGAUGGCGCUGAUGGGUAACUACGAGACGGCCGGAGUCUACUACCAGGGAGUCGUGCAGCUCAUACAUCGGCUGCUCAUCACCAUCAGCGAUCAGAGUCGCAAGGCCAAGUGGCAACAGAUUCAACAGCAAAUAGCUGGAGAGUUUGAGCAGCUGAAAGCAGUUAUGAAUACUUUACAAACGUAUAGGACUGAUUCACACACCGAUAGACCAUUAGGCUCAAUCCUGCGCAACAACCACAGUGGGUUGGCGUUCGAGGAGCCGACGCGGGAUGCGUCGAUCUGGUUCAACAACUCGUCCAUUCGAGACCCGGACAUCUGGCCUCCCCCGCACCCGCACGAGCGCGAUCCUGACGUAUGGCCACCGCCCACGCCCGUCGAUCACAGAAACGGCCCAUCGAUAAAACAAAACCGAGGGCAGCAGAAGAAGGGUGACGUCCGCACAACUAAUCGUAAUCAAAAGACUAAUAACAAUAAUUCACAAAGGAAUAAUGUCAAAUCGGGUCGAAAGGAUGAGAAAGGCCGGACUACCUUAAGGAAGGAUUCCACUCCUAGUAAUGGUGUAAAUAAUCAGGAGAAAACAGACAACAAAGAAAAGGAAGAAAAGGAUAACCAAGAACAGGUGGAAGAGAGGAGGUUCGAUUCAUCAGGUCCUGACAAAGACUUGGUUGAUAUGCUAGAACGAGAUAUUGUACAGAAGAACCCGAACAUCAGGUGGGACGACAUAGCCGACCUACAGGAAGCUAAACGACUCCUAGAAGAAGCUGUCGUCUUACCUAUGUGGAUGCCCGACUAUUUCAAGGGCAUAAGGCGGCCGUGGAAAGGCGUACUGAUGGUUGGCCCCCCUGGCACAGGCAAGACUAUGCUGGCCAAGGCAGUGGCCACCGAAUGCGGCACCACAUUCUUCAAUGUCUCCUCCUCUACACUCACCUCCAAGUAUCGCGGCGAGUCCGAGAAGCUCGUCAGGCUGCUCUUCGAAAUGGCGCGUUUCUACGCACCGUCGACCAUCUUCAUUGACGAGAUCGACUCGCUGUGCUCGCGACGCGGCUCCGAGUCCGAACACGAGGCGUCGCGACGCGUCAAGUCUGAGCUGCUGGUGCAGAUGGACGGCAUCAGCUCUGGUGAGGAUCCCUCCAAGGUGGUCAUGGUGCUGGCCGCCACCAACUUCCCCUGGGACAUCGACGAGGCUCUCAGGAGGCGACUCGAGAAACGCAUCUAUAUUCCGCUGCCCAACAGUGCUGGACGCGAGGCGCUGCUGAAGAUCAACCUGCGUGAAGUGCAGUUGGAAGCCAGCGUCGAUCUGCGUGACAUCGCGACGCGACUCAAGGGUUACUCGGGCGCCGACAUCACUAACGUGUGUCGCGACGCCUCUAUGAUGUCCAUGCGACGCAAGAUUGCCGGCCUCAAGCCUGAACAGAUCAAGCAGUUGGCUAAGGAGGAGCUGGAUCUGCCGGUGUCAACACAGGACUUCACCGAAGCACUGGCCAAGUGCAACAAGAGUGUGUCAAAGGAGGACCUCGACAAGUACGAACGCUGGAUGCGCGAGUUCGGUAGCACAUGAUAGUGGACAGGUGAUCAGUUGUGAGUUGAAUGUGCAGACUGGAACCAUCAUCACACUAACUUCAAGUACAACGUUUCUUGUGAUGUCGCUAUCGUCAACAGAAAAUGCCUUUACUAGAGAUUCGACAUUCUCCAAGAUAAUCUCAAUAAUGAAUAGGCCUAUGUUUCCCACUGAUACAAUAAAACGAAACAUGCAUGAUAUGUUUGUAAGUAAUUGAAUGUUACUUGUAAUAUUAAUAAUUUAUUAAUUACAGAUGGAAUUGAAUUGAAAACUGCCAACUCAACAAACGUAGCAAAAUUAUUAAUUUAGUAGUUGAUUCACUAAUAUACUAAUGUGCAGAUUAGUGUAUUUCAUUUUCUAAUUAUUAUUUAUCUGGAGAGAUUCAAUAAGGUUAAAAUCUCCAAUGGUCUUUCAGUAAAUAGAGAUCAAGAUCUGUGAAAUAAUAUUCUAGUACAACAUAUCAGUAAGUUAUUCUACAAUGUGAGGUGAUUUUCAUCAUGAUAUUUAUUAUUAAUUAUCAUGAUAUUAUUGUGACAAUAAUAUUGUCAAGUAAAACAUUGAUAAGUACCUAAUGAAAAGACGAGUAUUCUGUUUAUUUGUAAAUCAGUAUUUUAAUAGUAUAUUCAGUAUUUCUAUUGAGUUCAUGAAUCCCAACUGAGCUGAUCCUAUGGAGUGAGUUCUUAAUACCCCCAAAACAUUCAAAAAAUACUAAACUCAUUAAUAAUAUAAGCUUCUGUAAAUUAGAUUGAUGUUUUUCUUAUCUUGUUAUCAUUUAGUACAUUAAUGAGAUGUAAUUCCUUGAUCAUACCAUAUUUUGAUAUGUAAAGCUAAUAGUGUCUCUUUUAAGUCGUUUGAGCUACUUCAGAAAUUAAUUUUUAUUAGAGUUUCUAUUUUUUCAUUACUCAUUCAACUGGUUAACACUCAGUUAUAAAAUGAAAUUUUUAUCUAUUAUGUCAUAUUUCAUGAGCCAAGCCUCUCGCAAAUUUUCAUGAUUAAUAAUUUUUUUUAAAUAAAAUAAAUAUUUAUUAAACUCUGUGAUUGGUUUUGAUACAGGCAUAAGCAGUACUUAGCAUGAAUGGUGUUUUUAAAUUAAUUGUAGUCUCUUUUGACAUUUAUUUUGUCGAGUUAAUUAAAAAUCAAAAUAAUAUGUGAAUCUCAUGACAUAAUUAGUCAGAAUGAGAAUAAAAAUGAAUAAUUUUCCUUUAUUUCAGUGAUAGCUGUCUAUUUUUGUCUGUAGAAAAAUAAUUAUUUAUUGAAUUAUUGUAAUGUCUUUCAAGCAUGUUUAAAGUACAUUUUUAGUAACACGUUUCUCACGUUGAAAAUUGUUGGAGUAAUUAUCUUGAAACAUGUAGCUUUAUUUGUUUUGAGUUGGUUAUAGACCAAUAUGUUGUAUUUUUUAAAUCAAUAAUUGUAUUUGAUGAAUGCUGUGAUUAAUACAGUUCCAUUAAAUGGAAUUAUCCUUUAUUGACAGGAUCUUCAAUUUGAAAAAUAUAUUCACUGUUCACCAUGACAACCAUCUUUUUGUAUUAACUGUGGAAAUUAUCAGUUAUGACUGAUGAGGUACAUGAAUAGAACGACAGUUAUGGAUUAUCAUGAGUCCAAUUAUUUAACCCAAAAGUAGACUGGAUAAAAAUUGUUCAUUUUCGAAAAAUAAUUUAAUACUAGAAUGUAUACAUAAAAUAUAAUAAACAUUACAUUAAAGAA